CUCAAGCAGAGGAAGCUCGAGCUCCUAGCACCAGCCAAGCAGAGAGAAACGCAGCUCCCAGCAACGCUCAAGCAGAGGAAGCUCGAGCUCCUAGCACCAGCCAAGCAGAGAGAAACGCAGCUCCCAGCAACGCUCAAGCAGAGGAAGCUCGAGCUUCCAGCACCAGCCAAUAUGAACAUGUCAGUUCUAAGAACAGCACUAGGCCUUCACCUACUGAAGACCCAGAAGGCGCGACCAAUCUUCCAGAAGCGUACCAUGAUUUGCUUCGCCAUGAAGGGGUCGCAACGCUCCUACCUCGACUCGCGUUUCUGCAUAAUGAUAUGCCCCAAAGUCUACGUAACAGCUUCCAAUCAUUUCGAAUCUCUGCACCCGAAUUCUGCGUGCUGUUCUGGGUAUGGCUUGAGUACGAAUUUGUUGUAAUAGACAAUGAGGACGCCGCAAAAGCGAUGCUAGAGAAACUGGGUAGCAUUGAUUCUCUUUUGGCUAGCCUCAAGGACUGGGAUUGGGCGCUGCGCAGCAAAGAUGGAAAGUUAGCACACAAGCUUCAAGGAAUAGCUGAGGAAGUCCAAGCAUUUUGGAAUAUUGCUCACCCUGCGGUACCGCAAAAUUUAGGGAUCCAUCUGCCCAAUCAAAUUGGACAUCCCUUGCUCUGGAGCCUGCUGGGUAGGCAAAAGGCUACCGAACUGACGAUCGAAGAUCCAGAAGAACCAGGUCAAAUCGUGAACGGACAGAUUAUAGGUAGAAACAGCAAGAAGUCGGCAUGGUUUGGUCUUGUAUUACCCUCCAGAAAGAAACCUGGCUGUUGGAGAGGCUACUGGAUUGCAAGCAAACGGCAUCAACAGGCAUAUAUGGACUACGUCAAGACUGCGACUUUGACACUGUCAAUUGCUGGCGACUCCGAUUUCCUCGACGAGUGUCAACCUGAGGACUUCCAAAUCAUUGCGGUCUUUCAGAUGAAAUGGGGCAAGACCUAUCAUACUCAUGCACUAGGUGUUCCGUACUAUGACCAAUCUCGGGUACCAAUGUUGUAUUCGAAAUCCAUUCUAGCCAGUGGUUGGGGAAAGAAGGACACAGAGCGAGUCCUCGGUGGGCACAUGCGCAACGCUGGUCAGACAAAUUACCUCGCAACUGAGUAUCACGCGCUUGACCGUGUAAGUGCUAAAGCAUGGUAAAUUUAACUGUUGCUUUACACCUAUUUAGCUGUUGGAUUUUCCAUAGUCUCUCGUUCUCUAUUUGCUAUUUCUUGACUUCGCGGUUUAUCAUGUAUCUCAUUGCUAGAAAUAGAAAUGUGGGGAGCUCCCAUCUUUUCCUGUCAUUCUUUGAUCCAAAGCAGGUUGAAUGAGCUUGAAGUUGUGAUCUGUUGACCUCCGUUGGUUAGAGGAUAUGUCUGGGAACUGAUUAAUAAGUCUUGAGGACCUCUCAGCCUUUAGGUUAGACGUGAGCACUGCGAAGCAAGCGAGUACAGAAUGUUGCUUGCUUUCAGCCUUAGCUUAAUCUUGAAAAUUACUUGAGUCCGCGCAGCUAAAUCUGAGACCGCCUUGACAG